AUGGUUGGCCUGACAAUACCUUUGAUCACUCCUUUCUUCAAUGUUCGCGAUGAACUUGGAGUAACUGAUGGACUAAUAUUUAGGGGUGAAAGACUCGUAAUUCCUAAAAUUAUGAGAUCUGAAAUCAAGAAAGACAUUCAUGUUGGACACUAUGGCAUAGAAGGUUGUCUCAGAAGAGCACGAGAAUAUGUAUAUUGGCCAGGCAUGAGCCAAGAGAUUAAAGAGUGGAUUGGCACUUGUGAAACCUGUCACGACUUCGAACAAUCUCAACCGAAUGAAACUCUCAUGAGUUAUGACAUUCCUGAAAGAGCAUGGGAAAAAAUUGGAACUGAUUUACUUUCCUAUCAUGGUAAAGACUACCUGAUAACUGUCUGCUACAAGUCGAACUUUUGGGAAAUUGAUCGUUUGUAUGACACAAAAGCUAAAACUGUCAUUACAAAAUUGAAAGCUCACUUUGCAAGAUAUGGCAUUCCAGAUUAUAUAGUAAGUGACAAUGGUCCACAAUUCUCAUCGGACGAAUUUCACAAAUUCACGAAGAAAUGGGGAAUCACUCACACACCCACCUCACCAUAUAACAGCAAAGCAAAUGGUAAAGUUGAAUCAGCUGUUAAAUCUGCCAAAAGAAUGCUGCGGAAAACAUCAAAGUCACAUGAAGACCAAUAUCUCGCACUACUGAACAUUAGAAACGCCCCUACCCAAGGUGUUGACAGCAGUCCUGCUCAAAGACUUUUAGGAAGAAGAACAAAAACAAUACUGCCAACUUCAAGAAAUCUUCUCAAACCAGGAAACAUACAGAAUGAACGUGAAACUGAACAACUGAGGUCAAACCAAAAGCGACAAGCUAACUACUAUAACAAAUCAGCACAUGAUUUGCCUGUACUUAAAAAAGGCGAUACUGUAAGAAUGAAACCUUUCAGAACAGGUGAAAAGUUCUGGAAAAAAGCUGAAGUUACUCGUAGAUUGGAUGAAAGAUCAUAUGAACUUCGAUCUGGUGAAACUUUUUAUCUACGUAACAGAGUACAUUUGAAAAAGACGCAUGAACCUGCACUAGACAAUGUCUUGACUAACUUUCCGUUUGAAACACUUGAACCAAAUUACCGUGUCGAGAAGCCAUGUCACCAUGAAUCAACUUGUGAAAUCCCUGCAAGAGAAACCCUGAGUAUGUCUGGACCCAGCACAUCCAGAUUUGGUCGUACCAUCAAACAGCCUACUAGAUGGAAGGACUAUGUUAAAUAA